AUGCUUCCCACGCCGGACACAUCACAUGUCUCCUUCGACACCAUCUAUGAGCCCGCCGAGGACUCAUAUCUUUUCCUGGACACCCUCUCUUCAGCAUCUGAGUCCAAAUGGCUAUCUCAACGCUUCAAAAAGUCUGCCAGCCUUUCAUCAGACCCUUCAAACAACUCAGUACCUUUGGUCGUGGAAGCUGGUACCGGUUCUGGCGUGGUCCUAGCUUUUGCAGCAGCUCAAUCACAACAUAUCUUCGGACGACAAGACAUCCUCACAUUGGGGAUAGACGUGAACCGCAAUGCAUGCAUAGCGACCCGAGAAACCGUCUCAACAGCCAUCAAGACAGAGCAGAGAGAGUCAGAAACCUCUACCGCAGACUCGAAUCUCCGUACAGUCCACAUCUCGUCCAUAACCAGUGAUCUAUGCACCGCAUUGCGUCCUGGAAGCGUCGACGUCCUCCUAUUCAACCCACCUUAUGUUCCAACAGAAGAUCUGCCUCGUCUACCUACGGAAUCAGAAAACGAUCCCACGAAAUCCAAAUCCAUGUCUCGUUCUGCCAAGUUUGAGAGCGAUUCGUACUUCUUGUCUUUGACGUAUGCCGGCGGUGCAGAUGGCAUGGAAACGACGGAUCGGUUACUGGAGGCUAUUCCUGGCAUUUUGUCUGCUCGUGGAGUGGCAUAUGUGCUUCUUUGCAAACAGAAUCGACCGAAUGAGGUCAAGGGGCGGAUUCGUGCUUGGGGUGGAUGGAAUGCUGAGACUGUUGGGUCAAGUGGUAUGCAGGCAGGAUGGGAGAAGCUGGUCAUUGUUCGGAUAUGGAGGCAGGACACCCCAUAG